AUGCGCCCAGCGAGACGACCGCGGCGGGAGGGCAUUAUCUGCUUGGCUGGCCGCGACAGCGACAGCUCCCCGCCCGCCACGAGACCCGCGGGGACCCCGAAGAAGGUGUAACUCUCUGUCCCUUGGAACCGGGCGCCCCUGCAGCCGCCCGGGCGUCACGUGAGCUGGCAAAUCAGAUGUCUCCCGGCAACAUGGGGAACGGCUCUGUGAAACCCAAGCAUCACGCCAAGCACACGGACGGCCACUCGGGGACCGUGGCCAGCUCGGACGCCCUGCGCAGCAAGGUGGCCGAGCUGGAGCGGGAGCUGAGGAGGAAGGAGGCGGAGGCCCAAGAGCGGGAGCUCCAGCUGCAGGAGCUGCGGCAGAGGCUGGCCCGGCAGACGGAGGCCAUCGCCGAGCUCACGGCCGAGCUGCAGAGCAAUGAUCCAGCUGAACAGCUCCAGACCAAAUGCAUCCAGCUGAACCAGCUCCAGGACGUGGUGCACCUGCCAGGCGGCGGCCGCCCAGCCAUCCCGGACACGCUGCCGCGGGUCCCCCAGAGGAGGACAUCCGGGCUGGUGUCCCUGCACAGCCGAGGGGCGCCAAGGCCGGGGGUCCCCGAGCCACCAACGGACCUACGACCUCACGAACCCCCCGAGUUUUCCUCGAGAAAGCGAGAUCAGAAAGACUCCAGGGAGAUUGAGAAGAAGCUCAUCACAGAUGCCCUUAAUAAAAAUCAGUUUCUCAAGAGGCUAGACCCUCAGCAGAUAAAAGACAUGGUGGAAUGUAUGUACGGAAGAAGCUACCAGCAAGGGAGCUACAUAAUCAAGCAAGGAGAACCCGGAAACCAUAUCUUUGUGCUGGCAGGUGGGUCGCAUAGAUUUUUCCAAUUAUCAUGUAUCAAAAAUUUUGCCUACUGUCUCUUAGGAUCUUUUACAAACAUUGUGUCCUUGCUGAAGAAUUUACCUGAAGAGUUAACCAAGAUCAUUGACUGCUUGGAAGUGGAAUACUAUGACAAAGGGGAUUACAUCAUCAGAGAGGGGGAGGCAGGAAGUACCUUUUUCAUCCUGGCAAAAGGAAAGGUAAGAGUCACGCAGAGUACAGAGGGCCACGAUCAACCGCAGGUGAUAAAAACACUGCAGAAAGGAGAAUAUUUUGGAGAAAAAGCUCUAAUAAGAUACUAUGCCAAAGGGGAUUACAUCAUCAGAGAGGGGGAAGGCAGGAAGUACGCUUCUUUCUCCUGGCAAAAGAAGGUCAACAUCGAGGAAAGCUACAAACUCAGAAAUUGUUAUUGGGCCAUGGCACAGAGCAUUUUGUUUUUUUUCUUAUUUAGAACGUUCAACCAAACUGUGGGGACGUUUGAGGAGCUCCAAAAAUACCUGGAAGGGUAUGUGGCCAAUCUGAACCGAGAUGAUGAAAAGAGGCAUGCAAAGCGGUCCAUGUCUAACUGGAAACUGUCCAAAGUGCUCUCUCUGGAGAUGAUCGAGCUGAAGGAGAAAGUGGCGCGGUUCUCCUCAUCCUCCCCCUUCCAGAACCUUGAGAUUAUCACAACACUGGGAGUUGGUGGGUUCGGAAGAGUUGAGCUUGUUAAAGUGAAAAACGAGAAUGUCGCCUUUGCCAUGAAGUGCAUCCGGAAGAAGCACAUCGUGGAUACCAAGCAGCAGGAGCACGUCUACUCGGAAAAGAAGAUUCUGGAAGAGCUAUGCUCCCCCUUCAUCGUGAAAUUGUAUCGUACCUUCAAAGACAAUAAGUAUGUGUACAUGCUUCUGGAAGCCUGCCUGGGCGGGGAGCUAUGGAGUAUCCUGAGGGACAGAGGCAGCUUCGACGAACCCACCUCCAAAUUCUGCGUUGCUUGCGUGACAGAAGCAUUCGAUUACUUGCAUCGGCUCGGCAUCAUCUACAGGGACCUGAAGCCGGAGAACUUAAUCCUAGAUGCCGAGGGCUACCUUAAACUGGUCGACUUUGGAUUUGCUAAGAAAUUAGGAUCCGGGCAGAAAACGUGGACGUUCUGCGGGACUCCGGAGUACGUGGCUCCUGAAGUCAUUCUCAACAAGGGCCACGACUUCAGCGUGGAUUUCUGGUCGCUGGGAAUUCUGGUGUACGAGCUCCUGACGGGCAACCCACCCUUUUCUGGGAUCGAUCAAAUGAUGACGUACAAUUUGAUUCUCAAAGGAAUCGAAAAGACGGAUUUUCCUCGGAAGAUAACCAGGCGACCUGAGGAUUUGAUUCGGAGGCUUUGCAGGCAAAACCCAACAGAAAGGCUGGGAAAUCUGAAGAACGGAAUCAAUGACAUUAAGAAGCACAGGUGGUUAAAUGGUUUUAACUGGGAAGGGCUGAGAGCCCGGAGCCUCCCGUCACCCUUGCGGAGAGAGCUCAGCGGACCCAUCGAUCACGAGCGUACUGUGCACAAGUACGCCACCCGAGAAGAUGCCCCAGACGAGCUCUCCGGCUGGGACAAGGAGCUGUUGGACGGGGAGCAACAUGGUGACUGGCCUGCAGGCUGCGAAAGGAUAACUGUAUUCUUCUCCUUGGAGACGGACUAA